UUGUCAUUGACGUAUGCACUGGAGUCGCCGUGCUCACUCACUAUCUCGUUCUCACGUCUCUCAUGUGGAUGUUGGUCGAGGCCAUCAACAUGUACCAGCUCCUCAUCACAGUCUUUGCCACUUCAGAAACCAAGUUUAUGUGCAAAAGGAUGAUUUGUGCUUGGGGAGUGCCACUUGUCAUCGUAGGAGGGACGGCAUUCUACGACAUGCAGUACUACAGUUCGACAGAUUCUGAGUACUGCAUGGUCUCUCCAUCGAAACCGAUCCUCUAUUACGUAACCUACCUGGGACCAUCCUGUCUCAUCUUGGCUCUUAAUUGCAUUGUAUUCAUCCUUGUGAGCAAAGUUUUGUUUCAGAGACGUGGUCAUGGCCACGCUGUCGGCAAAGUUGGAAUGAAUACAGAGAAUCCUACUAUAACUGUAGCUCAGAUACGCGGAGCAUUCACUGUGAUGACUCUUCUUGGAGUCACUUGGGUGUUUGGAGCCCUUGCUUUGGGAGAAGCAAAAUUGGUGUUCCAGUAUAUCUUCUGCAUUUCCAACUCACUUCAAGGCUUCAUCAUAUUUGUGGUUCGGUGUGUGCAGUACCCUGAAGCUCGCAUGGCAUGGCUCGCAUUCUUGCACACCGGCAAGCUGAAGAAGAACCGUGGUCCUCAAGGACAUGGGUUACGUUCAUCCUCGGCGGGGAACUCCCACUCUAGGCAUACGAUUUCGUCAAGCACUCAUUCACAGUCACAACAUCCAGGGAUGGCCAACCUCCGGUCUCAGAGUCAGCUCCUGAUGCAGUCUAGACUCCGCUCUUCGUGCACGUCAUCAACUCGUAAGACGAGCCUACCAGAAUCGAGCAGCUGUACGAGUAACAGCAGUGAAUCAGGACGCGGUUUCCUGUGGAAUCGUUUCCAUCAAAGCGAAUCCUGUCAAAAGUCACAUCCUCGCGUCUGCUCCAGUUGGAACUUUCGAAGCAUUUUUGGAUCUGGACGUGCCCCUGAUUAUAAAAAAGAGUCAGAUUCCAGUUCCCAAAAGAAGGCAGAAAAAGUAGAAAUUCAGUCACAAAGCAAGACAGAUGGGAGUUACAACGGUGCCACCCAUCUCUCAGAAUCUUUGACGAGAGAGUUAAAGCAAACACUGGAAGGAAGAUCCGCGCACGUACCGCUUUCUCGAAGCCAGAGCAUGCACAUCCAGUCUGUAUGUUGUAGCUCUGAAGCGUGUCGAGCUUCCGAAGUCGACAGAGGAUUCGGGGACUUGAAGAGAGGUGGCAGCAUGAGGUGUAAUCAAACGUGUGGCAGCCAGCACUCGCUCACUACAAAGGAAGGAGAAGACACUUCGUGGCAGUUCAUGAGAGCUCCCCCAGAUGGCAUUUCAGAAUCAAAGGCAACAGCAACAGCAGCAACAGGAGAAAGUCACGCAACAAGCCACAGCCAUUCUGACCAGGGGUACAUGUCUGGAACGUGCACUGCAGAACAGUCCCCUGAAAGCCCUCGACAAGAACCCAAGCAAGCGGUUUCUGGUACUAUUCCACCUCCGUUACAGCUUGAUGUCUGUCACCACGAUCAGCGACUUACCGUCUCAACACCCGAUAACCUUUAUCCUGAACCCAAUGACGAAACAAUGGAUGGAUUCCAUAAGAACGUGCUGGCCAGGAGUGACAGUGACAUCUCUGUAUUGGUACCAAAACUAGAUGACCACGGUGGCAAGGUACCAGCCCCGUACGUUGCCAUUAAGAGUGAGAUGGCGCACGCUAACAGCGCAUUUUCUCCGCCAAAUCUGAUGUAUGAGAAAUCAAGCAUCCAGCAGUCAGGAGUAGGAGGUGGCUUCAUCACAGAAAGUAGACUGUACUGUGGAGGAACCAAUAGGGAUAUCUUGGAAGUACAUUGUGUGGAUCAUCCCAGCUCCACUUCUCGCCGGAGCUCCAGCACAAAAAGUUAUUCCUCGUCAGAAGGCUGUAAUGGAGACAGCAGCAGUAAUGGCAGCCUUCAGUCUGAAAGCUGUUCGCUAGAGAUGGAACCGCGAGCCGUACGGCUAUCGGCACAUCGUCGUCCCUUUCACCUUCGUCGUCACGCCAAGAGGGUUCGCUGCGAAGAGGUUCUGUAAUUUUUGUAUUGUAGCUGCGUCCUGGAAGAUAAGAGAGUUGAAUGUAACCGAAUAUCAACUGCCAAAUUACAAAAUUAUGUUAUUCAAAUGAAAAGCCCAGUUGUGAUUGCUGUGAUGUUCUUUGGCAAGUUUACGUAUAUAAUUUAUAAAUAUUACGAGAGUUUUUAAAACGCGGAACUUCAUAAAUGUUUCUUGCAGUAUUACUUUAAUAUGAUUUAAUUCUUUUGAGACCUUCCAUUUAACGAAGAAGCGUUGCAGACAGAGGGACCACGGCCACGAUCAUUGAGCAAAGAAUAUUUAUGGCAUACGAGCCGAAAAUCAUAUGCCAACAAAAAAAUUCAGUUAAUAAGUGCCGAUGGUAAUGAAUUGUAAUUAAUUAUUCCACCUUCUUUAAUAUUUUAACUACUUAGGCGGUAAACUGCGUUGUGUAUCGGAGAUUUUUGAAAUUUCUCUGAUGAUACGUGCACGUGUGUGGAUCUCAUUGUACAUUUCUUAGGAUAAUAUUCUCAUAAAUUGUAUGUUAGAGGGUAAAGGUUAAAGGAGUUUGUUAUGAACAGUGAAAUAUUUGUUGAAGGUGGAGAGUGUCGUAAGUGCCACAUUAGUAGACACCUAUAAAUAUUGUUGUUUGUCUUUAUUGUUAAUUCAUAGUUUGUAUUAUACGUUACUUAUAUUGUAGGGUAUUUUAUAAAUCAAAAUGGGGGGUCGUGAAAGUUAUAUGUAUUUUAAGCCGUUAACAUAUUGACCCCUAGGUUAUUGAAGUUUGUACAGGAACUGAGAUCCAAUUUUAAAAUUUACGUUAAAAAUAUUUUUUAAAAAUUUGAUGGUGAGUAAAAGUAACAAAUAUAUAUUCUAGAAUUUAUUGGAAAGUAUGGUCAAGGAGAAAAUAAUAUAGUACUGAAAUCAAAUGAAAAAUUAGAUGUCAUUUUAUUAGGGGCCUCGGAAAUAAAUAAGGACUUUGUAAAAUGUAUUGUUAUAUUUCUGGGAAUUAAUUUAUUAUCAAAGUUUAAGUUAUAAAAAUGUAUUUUUAGAUUAAUAUCCUUAACCCUUCUCUGCCAAAGGACAUGGCGAUAAAGGAAAUUUAAAUUUUGAAAGAGUAAAGUGUAUCAUUUUACAUAAAUCACUCCAAGCAGAGAUUCAGUUAUUAAAAUUUGUUUUUUUUUUUCCAAAUUUUCAUAUUAUAUUCAGAAUGCUAUAGGGGACUGUAAUAAAUGAUCCAUUGACUAAAUAAAUAAAACUUAAACUAUACGGCAUAAUGUCCUUGUGAAUUUAAGUGGUCACUUGGAUAACAAUAAUAAUAAUAAUAAUAAUAAUAGCCCAAAAAUUUUAAAAAUUAAUGUUAAAAUUAAAAUUAAGUAUACAUUGAAACAUCUUAAAAAAGUUACAUUUUAUGUCUGUGCAUUGAUCAUAAAAUUGUUGUAGAAAAUUAAAUAUGGUGUAAAAUUUAAAAAAAAAUUCAUCAUCUUCGCAUUCCUUCUGGCUUACAUUCAGAUGCUGCCAGCAAAACUUUGAAUUUAUGACAAUGUCACGACUACACGACCCAAAACUGACAAUUUUUUGGUAAAAUAACUUCAUAAUAAUUAUCAAUAAAUUACGGCUGGAAAAUAUAACAGAAUACAUUGUCGUCGCUGUGAUAGAGUGACUCUACAGUAGGCCACGGCGAUGUACAUCCUGCUGGAAUGUACUUAACAAGUGAUAACAUUAAUACAUAUCACUGUACACGUAUUUACUUAGAGAAAUCUCUUUUGAAUAGAGAAUGUCAGUGGCUGUAAAAUAUGUAUUAUAAUGUAAAUAGUGUGGCGAUUUAUAAAUAUCAUUUUCCACACUUGAAAUAAUGUCCUCUCGGAACUACUGUAAAUAUAAAAUGUUGUUACGAAAGGCCAGAGAGAAGUUAGAGCUGUACCCCAGAAGGUGACGAAGUGAGAGGCGUGUCAGAUGGUGCUGAAGGGUUAAACGUGCGUCGGAUCAAUGAGUUAUUCAGUUUUAAUUGUUCUCUCCUCUGUUGCCUGCCAAUUACAUUCCACGCUUUAAUCGAGUUUCAAGCCGAGAAACAGCAAUCACUUCUGCCGCAGUUCAUUCCUUUUUUGAAGUACGCGACUCUCAAAGACUGAAGACAAAGGAGCCAUGGAGUGAACAGAGUGGGUCAGGAUGCCCAAAGGUGGAAACUAGUCACAAUUUUUACAAAAUUAAAAGAUUCUAGAUUACAUUUUAAGAUAACGGAUAACGAAUUGUUUCAUAGUAUGAAGUUUUACUUAAUUAAUGUGUGUUUUAUAAAGGAAGGAGUGCAGAGUGAAUGUGACAAGAGAUGCGUGUCUAUUUUUAUUGCGUGAAUGACUGAAACUAGGCAUCCGCGUUAACUGUUGAAGACUUAGGCCUAGGGAAGUGACAUUGGCCAUUUGCUGUGUUUCCUCCAUCAACUCCAUUUUCAGUGUCUCGAGUCUACGUGUCGAGUGUCGUGAUCUCCCGCGACGAGCCGAGGAGUCGCAUAAUGACGGCUAGCCAGAACUUUAAAUUUGUUGCUUGUCUGCAUAUUUUUUAACCUGUAACCUAAUAUGGAAUUUGGAAUAAUGUGAGAAUUGUGGACGUAUUCAAAAUAUAUUAGAAGCCAGUGGAUAACUUUUAUGUUACGUGUGACCUGUUACGAUUACUGGUGCUUAGUUUUAAAUUGAGCGAAGAGGAAUGUUGGUAAAUUUCUAGCUUAGCGUAUAUGUGUUAUGUUUAUUGACAUAAUUAACCUUGUGAGUUGUUAAAAAAGAAACAUGGCAAUUAUUCAGAGAAAGAUAAUGAUGAUUUUACUGUUGAUAUGUUAAAAUGAGGCUGAGGUUUUGAGAAAGUGCUCUCAGGUAUUUAGUUAAAUGAAGGCUGCAUCUAAAAUCUUGGGUCUGUUAAAUACCAGACUCAGACCAAUUUCUUUUAUACUGUCUGAUACUUCGACGCAGAAACACAUUUCAGUGUGUUUUUUUUUAAAUAUAUCAAGAGAAGCGAAAUGGUGUGUCGUGCCGAAACGUCUGCUGUUGACUUAUUUUCUGUAACGAUCAAUAGUUGUUGCAGCUUUCAUAACUAACUGCCUCGUGCAACAGGCCAGGGGUACAAUUCUAUUUUCAUUGUCCUUUGUCCGCCAUAAAAAUUCAAUUCAGUAGAAUGUCAAAGUUCAAGUUAACUUUCCAGUUCUAAGUUCAUACUUAUUGACACAGUUUAAAAAUAUGUCAACGUGACGGGUCAGUCGCCAUUUUCAAAAGCUGAGAUACACAUUUUUGAACUUGAUCUCCCAAAAAUCAUGCUUUUUACAUAAUUUUCUACUUCUGUUGCAAACUUUGUAUGGGACUUGGUGUUACCAUCUUUAAUUUUGUCCAGUUUCUUAUAUUUUGAUCAUGUUGAAUUAUUUAAAAUUUAAUUAAAUCUUGGUAGAUAAAAUUGUGCAAUAAUUACUAAGUACGUAAGACUUGAGGUUCUCACAGCGGUGAAUAUGAAGAUUUCUGUCUUCUGGGUUGUUGCGCUGUGUAGUCUGG